AAUAGAAACUCUGAUAGGAACUUGCAAACAAACACUAUUUUACUUGUGCAUUCUCUUUACAAUGUCGUCGGUGGAUGACGAGCAUCAUCCUUCAAUUGAAGUUGAUAUUCCUGACGUUUAUGAAAGUGCAUCUGACUGUGAAAAAACUGAAGACUGCACCUAUCUAGGAUCUAUUCUCAAGGCGAAAAAAUCAUUGCGAAAAACCAAGAAAGUCGCUAGUCCUGGUAUCUAUCCGGGCUCGGCGGGUGCUCUUUCAUCUCUUUCAAAUGGCCUAGCCGAUGAGAAUAGAUCGCCAACUAGUGCUGAAGUUUCUGAUUCAGUAUGUGGACAAAAAUCUAUAAAUUCAGUUGACUUGAGGUUCAGAGGAUUGAGAGAUGAACGUGAACUCGUGCAAAAGAAAACAUUUACAAAAUGGGUCAACUCACACUUGGUUCGAGUCAGCUGCAAAGUACAAGACCUCUACAUGGAUAUGCGAGACGGAAAAAUGCUCCUCCGACUCCUCGCAGUUCUUUCCGGUGAACGUCUGCCGAAACCGACGCCGGGAAAAAUGCGUAUCCACUGUCUUGAGAACGUUGAGAAAGGUUUGCAAUUCUUGCGCAAUCAACACGUGCAUCUCGAAAACUUGGGUUCACACGAUAUCGUUGACGGAAAUUCACGCCUCACGUUGGGUCUCAUCUGGACGAUCAUCCUUCGAUUCCAGAUCCAAGAUAUCACAUUUGAAGACGCUGACAAUCACGAGACACGUUCAGCGAAGGAGGCCUUGUUACUGUGGUGCCAGAUGAAAACUGCUGGAUAUCCAAAUGUCAACGUCAAGAACUUCUCAACCAGUUGGAGAGAUGGUCUUGCAUUCAAUGCACUUAUUCAUAAACAUAGACCUGAUCUCGUAGACUACGAUAAUUUACAAAAAUCGAAUGCUCUUUACAAUUUGCAAUCUGCUUUUGAUACCGCAGAAAAUCAAUUGGGAUUGGCCAAGUUCCUCGAUGCCGAAGAUGUGAACGUUGACCAACCUGAUGAGAAAUCCAUUAUCACUUAUGUAGUUACAUAUUAUCAUUACUUCAACAAACUGAAACAAGAUAACAUCCAAGGAAAACGUAUCGGAAAAGUGAUUAAUGAGUUGAUGGAGAACGACAAAAUGAUCAAUCGAUACGAAACUCUUUCAUCUGAUUUGCUCGAAUGGAUCAAUGCCAAGAUCCAACUUCUCAACGAACGUCAUUUUGAGAAUAAUUUGGAAGGUGUUCAAAGACAGCUCACCGAGUUCAACGACUACCGUACUCAGGAGAAACCACCAAAGUUCGAUGAAAAGGGAGAGCUCGAAGUACUUCUGUUCACUCUUCAAUCAGCUAUGCGUGCCAACAAUCAGAGACCUUUCGUGCCGAGAGAAGGAAAACUGAUUGCUGAUAUCAACCGAGCAUGGCAAUCCCUUGAGAAGGCAGAACACGAACGAGAACUUGUCCUGAAAGAGGAACUCAUUCGUCAAGAGAAACUCGAACAACUCGCAGCCCGAUUCAACAGAAAGGCCGAGAUGCGAGAGACUUGGCUCACAGAAAACCAACGGCUUGUCAGUCAGGACAAUUUCGGAAACGACUUGUCUUCGGUGGAAGCUGCCACCAAAAAGCACGAAGCCAUCGAGACGGACAUCUUUGCUUACGAGGAGCGUGUUCAAGCCGUCGUCGCUGUUGCUGGAGAGCUUGAAGCCGAGAACUACCAUGAUCAAGCCAAAAUCAAUGAGAGAAAGGAGAAUGUUCUUCAACUCUGGAACUAUCUUUUCCAACUUCUUUUGGCUCGCAGAGUUCGAUUGGAGUUGUCAAUGGCCAUUCAAAAGAUCUUCCACGAUAUGCUUCUUACUCUCGAUCUCAUGGAUGAUAUUAAGAGCAGACUUUUAAGCGAGGAUCUUGGAGCCCAUCUUAUGGACGUAGAAGAUUUGCUUCAAAAGCACGCUCUUCUUGAGUCUGAUAUUAAUAUUAUUGGAGAACGAGUUAACAAUUCUAUUGCUCAAGCUCAACGCUUCCGAAAUCCAGAUGGACCAGAUGGAAGUGGAUACAAGCCAGUUGAACCAGGAACCAUUGAUGAGAGAAGUGAUGUUCUACAAAAACGUUACAAGGAGCUUCUUGAUUUGGCUGCUGAACGUAAGCGUCGUCUCGAAGACAACAAGAGACUUUGCCAGUUCUGGUGGGAUGUUGCUGAGCUUGAACAUGGUAUUAAGGAACAAGAGCAAGUUCUUUCGUCCACUGAUACUGGCCGUGAUAUUGUCACUGUUUCGCAUUUGUUGGCCAAACAUAAGAACGCUGAGAACAACCUUCGCGACUUGGAGAAGUACCUCGAUCGUCUUGAUGUUUCUGGAAAAGAAUUGCAAGAUGAAAGCAUCCCAGGAAGUGACAACAUUCCUCCAAGGCUUGCCGAGAUUCGUGAUUACAUCAACAAGCUCAAGGAACUCUCUGCUUCUCGCAAAGAAAGACUUGCCGGUGGAGUCGAAUACUACCAAUUCUUCACCGACGCCGACGAUGUCGAUCGCUACUUGUAUGAUACUCUCCGCGUCAUGUCAUCCGAAGACGUUGGAAAAGACGAGGGAACUGUUCAACUUCUCCUCAAGAAGCACGACGAUGUCCAUGACGAGCUCCAGAACUUUGACCAACACAUCAAGGUUCUUCACGCCAAGGCCGAGUCUCUUCCACAGGAAGCCAGAGAACAUCCAGAUAUCAGACAACGAUUGGACACAACUCUCAAGCAGAAGGCCGAACUCGAAAACCUUUCUCAACUUCGCAAGCAGAGACUUAUCGAUGCUCUCUCCCUGUACAAGUUGUACUCGGAUGCCGAUUCAGUCGAGUCUUGGAUCGAUGAGAAGGGAAAACUUUUGGCAACAUUGGUCCCUGGACGCGAUAUCGAAGAGGUUGAGAUCAUGAAGCAUCGUUUCGAUACUCUUGAGCAAGAUAUGAAGAAUCAAGAAGCUAAGGUUACUAACGUCAAUGACUUGGCUCGUCAAUUGCUUAAUGUGGAACAUCCAAACUCCGACGACAUUCUUCACCGUCAAAACAAGCUCAACGCUCGCUGGGCUCAACUUCGCGACAUGGUCGAUCAAAAGAGAAACGAGCUCGAGAGAGCUCACCGCCUCGAAACUUUCCGCAUCGAUUGCCAAGAAACAGUUACUUGGAUCGAGGACAAGACUCGUGUACUCGAGGAUUCGGACGCGUUGACCAACGAUCUUUCCGGUGUCAUGAAACUUCAAAGAAGAUUGUCCAUGAUGGAACGCGAUUUGGGAGCGAUUCAAGCCAAGCUCGACUCGCUUCACAAAGAAGCCGAUGACAUCGAAAGAGAACGACCACAAGAAGCUCAAGCCAUUCGUGAAGAUAUCAAGAGAAUCCACCAAGUCUGGGAUAUCCUUAACAAGAAAGUUCGUGAGCACGAAGCUAAACUCGAUGAAGCUGGAGAUCUUCAACGCUUCCUCCGUGAUUUGGAUCACUUCCAAGCCUGGCUUACUGCCACCCAGAGACAAGUUGCCUCAGAGGAAGAGCCACAAUCCUUGGCUGAAGCUGAGCAACUUCUCAAUCAACACGCUGCCAUCCGUGAAGAGAUUGACGGAUACGCUGAGGAUUACAAGAAGAUGCGUGCAAUGGGAGAUCGUGUCACUCAAGAUCAAACCGAUCCACAAUACAUGUUCCUUCGUCAACGUCUUGCUGGACUUCAAGAAGGAUGGGAAGAGUUGCAGCGAAUGUGGGACAACAGACAACAUUUGCUUUCUCAAGGACUCAACCUUCAAAUGUUCCUUCGCGAUGCCAAACAAGCAGAGGUUAUGCUCUCUCAACAAGAAAACUAUCUCGCCAAGGACGAUAUCCCACAAUCUUUGGAGCAAGCCGAGAACCAACUCAAGAGACACCAAGACUUCAUCACCACUAUGGAUGCCAACGACGAAAAGAUUCGCGCCGUCGGAAUGUUCGGUGAUCAGCUCUGCCAAGAUGGUCACUAUGCCGCUGACAAGAUCCAUAAGAAGGCUAGAAACAUUGAUGAACGUCGUGGAGCCAACCGCGAGAAGGCUCAAGAAGUACUCAAGAAGCUGAAGGACGCCUUGUCUCUCCAACAAUUCUUGUCCGACUGCGACGAGCUGAGAGAAUGGAUCGAGGAGAAGAUGAUCCGUGCUCAAGAUGAGACUUACAGAGACGCCAAGACUAUCACCUCCAAAUUCGUCCGACAUCAAGCAUUCCAAUCCGAACUUGCUGCUAACAAGGAACGUCUUGACCAACUUAAACAUGCUGCCAUCAACCUUGGUGACGACAAGCCAGAGUACCACGGAACCAUUGAUCCACAGAUCGAGGAACUCGCUACUCAAUGGGAUGAGUUGGAAAAGACUACAGAGGAGAAGGGACAGAAGUUGUUUGAUGCUAACCGCCAACAACUUUACGUACAAAGUAUUGCUGACAUGAAGGAAUGGGCAACCCAACUUGAGAACGAGAUGACUCGUGAAGACCAACCAGGAGAUCUUACCACUGUCAAUGUGGCCAUGCAAAAACAACAUUUGAUCGAAACUGAAAUGAUCAAGAAGGCUCAACACAUUGAUCAACUCAUGGAGAUGGAGCCACAGCUCGAGGAACUUCACCCAGACGAGCUUGAAAACAUUAAGGCUCAUCGUUUGGCAGUUCAAGAACAACUUCAAAGACUCCAGGCUCCAUUGGACGACCGACGUAAGGCAUUGGAACGCAAGAAGGCCGCCUUCCAAUUUGGUCGCGAUGUUGAUGACGAGAAAUUGUGGAUUUCUGAGAGACUUGUUCUCGCUAAAGCUCAAAAUCUUGGAGAAAGCCUUCCAGAUUGUCAUCGUCUCCAGAAGAACCUACAACUUCUUUCCAAUGAAAUCGACAACCACGAACCAUGGAUCAACCAGAUCUGUAAUAAUGGUCAAGAGUUGAUUGACGAAGGACAUGCUAACGGACCAGCAUUCGAGAAGAAGAUUCAAGAACUGCGCAGUGCUUGGCAAGAGUUGAAGGAAGCCGUCAAAGACAGAAAGGGAGAUCUUGGAGAAAGCGAGAAGGCUCAUCAAUUCUUGUAUGAUUGCGGAGAGGCUGAAGCCUGGAUGAGCGAACAAGAAUUGUACAUGAUGCAAGACGAAAGAGGAAAAGACGAGUUCUCAACCAAGAACCAAAUCAAGAAACACGAACGCCUUCAAUCCGAUAUUGACAAAUUUGCUGAUACGAUCCGUGCUCUUGCCACCAAGGCUCACAAGUUCGUCGAAGAGAAGUCACCACUCACCGAACAGAUCCAAGUUCGUCAAGCUCAAAUCGAGAAGCUCUACGCAGGUCUUCAAGAUUUGUCGAAGGAGCGCAGAAAGAGACUCGAAGAGACCUUGGAACUUUACGCUCUUCAUCGUGAAAUCGACGAUCUUCUUCAAUGGAUCGCCGACAAGGAAGUUGUUGCAGGAAGUCAAGAGAACGGACAAGACUACGAACACGUCCAAAUGCUUCAAGAGAGAUUCCAACAGUUUGCUCGUGACACCGAAAACAUCGGAUCCGAACGUGUUGCCAAUGCUAAUGAUGGAUGUGAUACUCUCAUUGGUCACGGACACACUGACGCUCCGACUAUAGCAUUGUGGAAGGAUUCGUUGAAUGAGGCCUGGGAGAAUCUUCUGGAGUUGAUGGACACUCGUGCCCAAAUUCUCGAGGCUUCUAGACUUCUUCACAAGUUCUACCACGACUGCCGUGAUUGCUUGUCAAGAAUCAUGGAAAAGACUCAUGCUAUGCCUGAUGAUCUUGGACGUGACUCAAGCAGUGUUGGUGCACUCUCCAGAAAACAUCAGAACUAUCUCAAGGAUAUUGCUGCAAUUGGAGAACAAGUUGCUCAAAUCGAAAGAGAUGCCGCAGAGCUUCGAGAUGGUUACGCUGGAGACAAGGCUCUUGAUAUCGGAUCUCGCGAAAGCGAGGUUGUCAAGGCAUGGAGGCAUCUCCGCGGACUCUGUGACGCCCGUACAUCUCGUCUCAUGGAUACUUCUGAUCUUUUCAAGUUCAUGAAUAUGGUCCGUGAUUUGUUGUUGUGGAUGGAUGAGGUGAAGAGAGAAAUGAACUCACAAGAACGUCCGAAGGAUGUGAGCGGAGUCGAGUUGCUCAUGAACAAUCAUCAAUCGCUCAAGGCUGAAAUCGAUGCUCGCGAGGAGAACUUCAACGCGUGCAUCUCAUUGGGACGAGAUCUGCUCAACAGAAAACACUACGCAUCAAGUGAAAUCGAGAAGAAGCUGAUCAAGUUGACAACCGAAAGAGCCGAAAUGAUGCGCAGAUGGGAAGAUCGUUGGGAAUAUCUUCAGCUCAUUCUGGAAGUGUACCAAUUCGCCCGCGACGCUGCUGUCGCCGAAUCUUGGCUCUUCGCCCAAGAACCAUAUCUUAUUUCGAAGGAAUACGGUAGAAACCUCGAAGAAACCAUCAAACUCAUCAAGAAACACGAGGCGUUCGAGAAAUCGGCAUUCGCACAAGAAGAACGUUUCUUGGCGCUCGAGAAAUUGACAACGUUCGAAUUGAAAGAAACUCAACACCGCGAGGAGGAGACCGCCAAGCGACGUGGUCCAGCUCAUAUUGGAAGUCCUUCUAGGUCAACUCCAGCCGCGGAAACAUCUUUCGGCGCCCAGGAUGAUGGAGCCAAACAAGGAGAAGCAUUCGAAGGAACGCUUAUCAGAAAGCACACUUACGAGAGUCUCGACCGGAAAGCGGCUAACCGCUCAUGGGAGAAACUUUACGCAGUGUUGCGGCAGAAUGAACUGUCAUUCUACAAAGAUCCGAAGCAUAGAGAUGAAUCUGUGCAUGGAGAGCCACCAAUGGCACUGCCAGGAUGCUCUGUCAACGUGGCAUCAGACUAUCAAAAGAAGAAGAACGUACUGUCGCUGAGGUUACCCAUCGGCGCCGAGUACCUAUUCCAAUGCGGUAGCGAAGAAGACAUGCAGCGAUGGCUCACCGAGUUGCAAGUCGCCACGGGGCAAGCCCAACUGGAAGAGGCUAGUAGAUCACAGACGCUACCAGCAGAAGGCAGUGCCACAAAGAAGAAGGGAGGAUUUUUCUCUCGAGGCAAGAAGUAAACCGAAUCAGUGGGACGAAUUAUUUGUAUCGACGUCGAGCUGGCUUGAUUCGAUAGGUUACCUGAUAUCUGUGUUAUCCAUCGGCAGGAUUACUCAGAAAUCAAAAACCAAUUUUGAAUCUCUCCGUCUCGAUUGGCGAAACAGUCUUUCUUUCACACCGACGCUUCAGUCACUUCAUUUAUAUUUUAUGAACCAUUUUUUCUCAAAUCAAUGAUUCGUCCCAUUUGGUUUCUUGUUUUCUUGUUUCAAAUUUAAAGUUUCACCCCCCUAAUCCCAGUCAGCCAAUGAGCUCCCCAAUUCAUACGGUUUCAUUCUUUUCACCACCCAUUCUUCGUUUUGUUUUGUUUCCCCCCUUUUUUCUCUGUCCUAAACGUCCCCCCUAUUCCAUAUUAGGCAUUAAUAUUAUAUUCGUUUAAAUUUCCCCCCUACACUUUCUCAUACUUUGAAAGCUUUUUGCUUAUUAGCCUUCAUAUUUUUUUGUGCAGAUUACAAGUAGUAGAACCAAAGAUAGCCUUGCCCGUUCGUCAUCGGUCUCUUUUUGAUUGGGAAAUCGGCGUCUCAAUUAUUAUUGAUUUUUCUUAAAUAUACAAUUAGUAUUUGAUAUUAAAAAUCAAAGAAAAAAAAAGAGAAAUGUGAUGUACGGGCACCAAUUCGAACUCGGUUUGUUGUAUCCCCUUAAUUUUUAAUGUAGCUAUCUUUCGUUAUUUUUUGUCUCUUUCAGCUUCACACUGCUUUUCAAUUCAAGAAAUCUCUUUUUUUCCCACCAUACCAAUUCUAUUGGUUCCAAUUUUGCACCAAAACCCUUGCUUUCAUUUUUUAGACUCCAAGAAACUUCCACUUUUUCUUUCACACGAAUAAAAAAGGUUACUGUAGAUAUGCUUCUUCCCCUUGGGAUAUUUUAUGUAUGUGUGUAUUGCGUGUGGCUUCAUGUUCCUGUGUGCUCAGUUUAUCCCCUUUCCCUUUCUUCUCACAACUGCCUUUUUUGUUCUAAUGAUCUUUUUUUCUAAUCUGUCUUAUUGUUAUCUCCCCCACUCGAAUAAUCUCUCGUCCCGCAACUCUUUCUAACCGACUAAGCCAACCCGCCUCCCUUUAAUGUCCCUUUACCUACAGUAAUCCCCACCAGAGGAAGUAGUGAGACCCAGAAUUUUUAUGAGAAAAUUCGCUUGUCCUUCCUUCGAUUGCCAGCUUAGUCUUUAUUUGUGAGAAAUUAUUUGGAUUUCUCUUGGAUUUUAUUUCUGUGGCAGCUUUAUUUCUUUUUUUGUUUUUCACCUUUGGUUCACUUUGGAACUAAUGAAUCUUUUGACUAAA